AGCAUCGUGCGCUGCGCAGUGCUGGCGACACCACCGGGGAGCGGUGCGCAUUUUCCUGUCGGAGCGGAGGAUCUGAGGCCGAAAUACGCGCAGAGGGGGGAGACAGAAACGCCGCAGUCUGACAGGACACUGCGGCUCCUUGCCUCAUUUUUUCUGGACAUAUUUUUUAUUUUACGCACGGCGCCGAUGCGCGCUCCGAGCGACCUCUGGAGGGUUUGCUGUGCGGCUUUUUCUGCAUCCGUCGGCCUGUUUCAGUGACAGAACCGCGUCCAGCUGAGUGUUACAUAACCGGGUGGCUUUAGCUGUCCGAGGUGCUGAACGGAGCGGAGCCUAUAACGGGACGAGCCGUGGGGAAUCCGCCACCUUGCAAGGUCACAGGAACCAGAAUCGGGACCAAGAUCAGGAGGGCUUUUUCUCCCCCCACACCGUCCCGUGCUGAGGUAAAUUCCUGAAGAGUAGCUACAGGGUCGGAUCCCAGCGAGAGAAAAUGUCGGGGCAGACGCUCACGGAUCGCAUCGCCGCUGCGCAGUACCAGCUGACGGGCUCCGACAUGGCCCGGGCGGUCUGCAAGGCCACGACGCACGAAGUGAUGGCGCCCAAGAAGAAGCACCUGGACUAUUUGGUGUCGGCCACCAACACCACCAACGUGAACAUCCCUCAGAUGGCCGACACGCUGUUCGAGCGAGCCACCAACGCCAGCUGGGUGGUCGUCUUCAAGGCGCUCGUCACCACCCAUCACAUGUGUGUCCACGGCAACGAGAGGUUCAUUCAGUAUUUGGCUUCCAGGACUUCCUUGUUCAACCUCAGCAACUUCAUUGACAAAACCGGCUCCCAUGGCUACGACAUGUCUACGUUCAUCAGGCGGUACGGACGGUAUCUGAACGAGAAAGCCUUCGCCUACCGCCAGAUGGCUUUCGACUUCACCAGAGUGAAGAAAGGCGCUGAGGGAGUGAUGAGAACUAUGACCACCGAGAAGCUGCUGAAGGGGAUGCCGGUUCUGCAGACUCAGAUCGACACACUGCUGGAGUUCGAUGUUCAUCCCAAGGAGCUGAACAACGGCAUCAUCAACGCUGCGUUCCUGCUCCUCUUCAAGGACCUGGUCAAACUGUUUGCGUCCUACAACGACGGAAUCAUCAACCUAUUAGAGAAAUUCUUCAAGAUGAAGAAAAGCGACUGUAAGGAGGCGCUGGAGAUCUACAAGAGAUUCCUGACCAGGGUGACGAAGAUUGGAGAGUUCAUGAAGCUGGCCGAGACAGUUGGAGUUGACAAAAACGACAUUCCUGACAUCAACUACGCUCCCAGCAGUAUCCUGGAGUCUCUGGAAACACACAUGAACGGUCUGGAGGACGAAAAAAGGGGAAAGAAGGGGUCUCCAACAAAGGGGUCUCCAACAAACAACGUGUCUCCCACAUCGACUCCGGCCAAAUCUUCAAACGCCGUCCCGACACUGCAGCCUCCUCCUGGAGAGAGCGCCGGAGCUGCCGCCUCAGCUGCUCCUGAACCAGCCGAAGAUUCUUUGUUGGACCUGGAUCCUCUGAGCUCCUCUGGUCCCUCAGCACCAUCAGCUGCUCCCACAUCCUGGGGAGAUCUUCUUGGAUCAGAAAUGGGCGACUCCUUGCUAUCUGAACCCACCCUCACAGCAGAGCCCGCCCCUUCCCCUGCAGCGGCCACGCCCACUCCGGCAGCGGCGGACCCUGGAGGCUCUCUAGCUCCUCCCACUAGCACCGCAGCCGCCGCCUCCCCUGGCGCCGCCGCCGCCGCCGGUAAUAUGGAUCUGUUGGGAGAUGCCUUCGCCACGCCUGCUCCCGCCGCCGAGGCCUCAGCGGCUGCAGCCGAAGGCGGAGCUGCAGCUACGACCGCCCCGGCCGCCAACGCUGGAGCCGACAUCUUUGACUCGAUGCCGGACGUCUCCAGAUCGGAUCCCGGCGCCGACUUAUUCUCAGGAGAGUCCACAGGAGGCGACGCCCCGGCUGCUGCUGCUGCUGCCCCCGGAGCCGAGCUCAUGUCAGUAUUUGAUGGAUUAGGGGAUGUAAUGAAGCCCACGGUCACCCCGCAGGCGGCCGACGUUGACGCCUCCAUGGCCAACAUGGCGGCCAAUCUGACGAUGGGACCCCCAGCGGCCCCUCAGGUAGCUCCCCCCUGUUGGGGUGCUCCCAUGGCUGGGGCACCAGGCGCCGGAGCUCCCAUGAUGCCGAUGGCGAGGCCGGGCUUCCCAGCUGCCGGAGCGGCUCCCGGAGCCCCGAUGUCUCCUGGAGUGGCCCAGAGCCCUAGAAAGCCUCCACCGCCCAGGAACGCUCUGGACGACCUGAAUAUUAAGGAUUUCAUGUAGACUGAUGGACCCAGAAACCCCCAAAGGUUUGUCAUUUGUGUCUGGAGCUCUGUGGAUGUGGAUGUCUGCACUUCCUGCCCUCCUUCCCCUUCAGCCAACCAGCCGUCAUCUCUUCGUCCUCCGACCUUCCAGCUGUAAAAUAAAAAAACAAAAAAACAAACAAAAAAAACCCUUCCUUAUCUAAUGUUGUAGCACAACUGUGAAUGUGAACCCUAGAUACAGAAAACAGAAUUUGUGUGUGUGGGUGUGCGUGUACUUCAAUGUUAACCUUUACUUAAUAUACUUACUUGGGGGGAAAAAACAAACAAAAAAAACAAACAAAUAAAUAAAUGUGUAUUUAGAUUCAUUCUGGAGUUCAGCUGAUUGGAAUGGUGGAUUUGUGUCGGUUUUCUUUCUCCCAGACGAGGACUUUGUUGUUAAAUGUGGAUGUGUUCGGUGUAACUUCACUGGCCAACCCUCCCAGUCCCGGUCCAAGUCCCAGUCCCGGUCCCGGUCCCGGUCCCAGUCCCAGUCCCGGUCCGGUCCCGGCUCCGGCUCCGGCCCCGGUCCCAGUCCCGGUCCCGGUCCCGGUCCCGGUCCCGGUCCCGGUCCCGGUCCCAGUCCCAGUCCCGGUCCGGUCCCGGCUCCGGCUCCGGUCCCGGUCCCAGUCCCGGUCCCAGUCCCGGUCCCAGUCCCCCUGACUGUGUUUAACGUCCUUAAAGACUCGGUUGUUCCUGUAUCCUCCCGCCUGGAUCCAAAUGCAAAUCUGGACUUAUUAUCAUCCUUGUGUGUUCAUUUUUACUUUGUUUUUGUUUGUUUUUUUAGCAUAUGUUAUUCUACCAAACAUGCAAAAAAAAUAUCUGUGAACGGAGUCGACAUAUGCAUUUUAGACUAUUUUCGACGAUAGAUUAAACAUAUUUUCUUUAUUUUGAGUGAAUAAAAUAUCAUAUAUUUUUAGUUACGUUAAAUUAUACGGUUGAAAACAAACAAAAAAAGCCAAGUAGAGCGAUCAACCCUCCCCGGCUCUUUGUACAUACCUCUGAAUCUGUGGAAAGAGGCGGCGUGGUGUGGAAGCUGCUGCCCCCUGCUGGCGUGGAGUGAAACCGCGCCGGAUUUAUUCUCUCAAAGAGCUCCUUCCUCGGUGGAAAACGGAGAAGAAGAAAACAGGCAGCGUUAGUGAUUCUGGGCUGGAUGUUCUGUGUGUCGUUUAUUUCCAAACAGUGACUGUAUCUUAAUCCAUUGUGGCAAGUGUUGAACGAAAAAUAAAGGCGACUGUGACACAUGAAAACAAAAAGAACGUGGAGGAAUAAUGUUUGUUCAUACCAGCGCUGUGGGUGAUUUUUUUGGUUUCUUCUUUUUUUUGGUUCUUUUGGAGUUUCUUUUUUGGGUUUUUAUGGACGGCAUCAUCCUCCCUCCCUCGACCCCACCUGCAUGUGAGUCCAAAUGAGAUGCAAUAAAAGACAAAUACACCGAU